UGUAGUUGUGUUGAUCCGAUGCCUCAGGACUGAACCUGGCUGAAAUCAGGAGCUCCGUGACAAACAGACGCGUUACACCCAACAACUCCCUCUCCAGAGACAGACUGAGAGAAGUAGGAGUUGUGUGUCACUCCCACCUGUUCACUCCAUCCCUCCUCUCGGUAAAAACCAGCUUCACGUGAGCGACAGAAGAGAGAGAGAGAAACAGGAGGCGCGCGAAGCACACACACUCGGGGAUUUAGCGCAUCUGCUAAACUCAAACAUUUGACUAAAGGUGUCAUAUACAGCCAAUAAAGAUGGGUUGCUUUGGAUUUUUGAAAUCAGUGAUGUUUCUCUUCAAUGGUAUCAUCUUUGUGGCAGGAGCAGCUAUUCUGGGAGUGGGGAUCUGGGUGAAGGUGGACAGUGGGUCGGUCCUGAGCUUUCUGCAGAAAAUACAAGGAGCCCCAGGUGAGCUGGGGAAGGUGUUGAACGUGGGAUACCUCCUCAUCGCAGUGGGUGCUGUGCUGCUCGUCCUGGGCUUCCUGGGCUGCUGUGGAGCGAUCAAAGAAAGCAGGUGUAUGCUGCUGCUGUUCUUCAUCAUUAUUCUGAUUGUGUUCAUUGUUGAAGUCGCUGGAGCGAUCGUGCUGCUGGCCUUUAAGCCUCAGGCUGAAAACCUGAUAAAACAGAUGGAAAGCGAAGUUGUGAAAAGCCUCAAAUACGAUUACUGGAAAAAUGCGGACAUCACUGGACUGUGGAACACGACCAUGUCCACGCUGAAGUGCUGUGGAUUCAACAACUAUACAGAUUUCACAAAUUCUGAAUUUAAGAACAAGACCAAGAGUUACCCAGCUCAGUGCUGUAAUAAAGCUCUGUGCGAUGACAAAACAGCUUUAGGUUUGAAUAUACAAGGUUGUUUCCCAGCCCUGAAGAAGCUGGUAGAUGAUAAUUCAGUUAUCAUCAUAGCUGUAGCACUGGGGAUCGCUGCUCUUGAGCUUGUAGCGAUGAUUGUCUCCAUGAUCCUGUAUAAUAGAAUAGGAUCAAAACAGGCUUGAUGUCUCACCUUUAGCUUGAACAUCUCUUUGAGGAUGAGGUGGAUCAUCUGUGAUCAUAUCACUGUGACUUUUUCAAACAUUUCGACCUGUGUCAAACUAUAUGACACCACAAAUCCCUCUGGGCAUGAAAAAAAAGAAAAACAAGUAAAUUCAGACUGUUAAGCCUAAACUUUUGACUGCAAACAUGAGUUUUGAGAAGUCCCAUUAUGUUAAAAUGAGCUGUUUUAAUGCUAAAUGUAGGCCUUUCUGAUUGUUUUUUGUUACUUUUUUUACUUUGCCUAUGCAAGACGUGUCCUCAUCUAAAAACGCAAUGCUUUCUUUAACUGCAUGACAACCAAGGCAUUAUUUGAUCAUUCUGGACACAUUAAGGGCUUUUCCUGCUGACGUUAUAUGUGCAAUGACCAAAAAUGGCCAAAUGUUUUCUACCAAAUGUUGCUGAUUGUAAUUCAUUGUAAACUUUUUACCAAUCAAAGCCAUUUUAAAUAAUGUGUCAGUUCGUGCGAUAAAGCACAAUGUUUUAUUUUAAAAUCUGUUGUUUAAAGUAUUUUAGUAAAAACAACAACAACAAAAGAUGAUUAUAUCAUGUUGCUAAAAUGUUAAUUGUAAGAUGUUUAUUUUGACAAUAAGUAUAAAAGCAAGAUUUCAA